AUGGAGGUGUCCUGCAGCAUUGCUGACAAGCCACAGACAUUUGACUACUUCACAGAGCGUUACUACCACCAAUAUGUAGUGAGAAACUGCAAAGGGGUAGAAGAUAAUAAUUGUAGGCUGUUGGUGCACAGCAAUGGGUUGUGUGUAUUAUGCCUGGACGGGUCACAUGCUGCUAUUCAGUCGCAUCGUAAGGGUUUGUGUACAGACGAGGAAUUAGAUGCAUC